AGGGGCGGGGCCUCCGUCACCACCUCCGCUGCGGACCAAGGCGAGAUGGCGGCCACUGAGGGGGUCGGGGAGGCUGCGCAAGGCGGAGAGCCAGGGCAGCCGGAGCAGCCCCCGCCCCAGCCGCACCCACCGCCGCCCCACCAGCAGCACGAGGUAGAGAUGGCGGCCGAGGCCGGGGAAGCCGUGGCGUCCCCCAUGGACGACGGGUUUCUGAGCCUGGACUCGCCCUCCUACGUCCUAUACAGGGACAGAGCAGAAUGGGCUGACAUAGAUCCAGUGCCGCAGAACGAUGGCCCCAAUCCCGUGGUCCAGAUCAUUUAUAGUGACAAAUUUAGAGAUGUUUAUGAUUACUUCCGAGCUAUCCUACAGCGUGAUGAAAGAAGUGAACGAGCUUUUAAGCUAACCCGGGAUGCUAUUGAAUUAAAUGCAGCCAAUUAUACAGUGUGGCAUUUCCGGAGAGUACUCUUAAAGUCACUUCAGAAGGAUCUACAUGAGGAAAUGAACUACAUCACGGCAAUAAUUGAGGAGCAGCCCAAAAACUAUCAAGUUUGGCAUCAUAGGCGAGUAUUAGUGGAAUGGCUAAGAGAUCCAUCUCAGGAGCUUGAGUUUAUUGCUGAUAUUCUUAAUCAGGAUGCAAAGAAUUAUCAUGCCUGGCAGCAUCGACAGUGGGUUAUUCAGGAAUUUAAACUUUGGGAUAAUGAACUGCAGUAUGUGGACCAACUUCUCAAAGAGGAUGUGAGAAAUAACUCUGUCUGGAACCAAAGAUACUUCGUCAUUUCUAACACCACUGGCUACAAUGAUCGUGCUGUAUUGGAGAGAGAAGUCCAAUACACACUGGAAAUGAUUAAACUAGUCCCACAUAAUGAAAGUGCAUGGAACUAUUUGAAAGGGUCUUCAAGGAAAUUAGGCUCAAAGAACUCGAAGUAUGGAACCAGUCAUCCUUGGAGGAUUUUGCAGGAUCGUGGUCUUUCCAAAUAUCCUAAUCUGUUAAAUCAAUUACUUGAUUUACAACCAAGUCAUAGUUCCCCCUACCUAAUUGCCUUUCUUGUGGAUAUCUAUGAAGACAUGUUGGAAAACCAAUGUGACAAUAAGGAAGACAUUCUUAAUAAAGCAUUAGAGUUAUGUGAAAUCCUAGCUAAAGAAAAGGACACUAUUAGAAAGGAAUAUUGGAGAUACAUUGGAAGAUCCCUGCAAAGCAAACACAGCACAGAAAAUGACUCACCAACAAAUGUACAGCAAUAAUACCAUCCAGAAGAACUUGAUGGAAUGCUUUUUUGUAUUAAGGGAAUCUAUGCAGGAGUUUAAAACUAGAGUGAUCCUUCCCUUUGCCUGUGGUGUAAAAGUACAUCAUACAGGUAUUGCUUUUUAACAAGAACUGAUGCUCCUUGGGUGCUGCUGCUGCUCAGACUAGCUCUAAGUAAUGUGAUUCUUCUAAAGCAAAGUCAUUGGAUGGGAGGGGAAAGCAAAAGUCCCAUAAAGGAACUUUUGUAGUUUUAUCAACAUGUAAUCUAAUCCUUUAGCAUCAACUCUUCCCUCAGUGGUACAUGUGUCAGGAUUUUUAGUAGUAAUGACUGCUGGUUACUUGUAUGUAAUGGAUAUGAGGUAGCCGAAGUUUGGUUCAGUAAGUAGGGAAUACAGUGGUUCCAUCAGAGGUGGUCUGCACACUCACAGAAUCUUGCUAUCACUGUAACCAACUAAUGCCAAAAGAACAGUUUUGUAAUAAAAUUAUAGCUGUAUCUAAAAACA